AGCACAGGUCCGCUCCGCCAUCUCCAAAACGUUUACGCACGGCGCAGCAGCAUUCCGCCUCCCUCAGUCUCUCUCUCGCUCACACACUCUCUCUCCUAGUCUCCCGCUACUCCUCACCGAAAAAAGAGAAGAGAGGAAAAGCGAUCCACGACUACCAGCCGGCUGGCUCCACUCUGAAGGACCGGGAGCCGCGCACGGAGCAGCCUCUGUCCCAAACCACCGCGCUUUGCAUGCGGUGAAGCAGUUAAAGUGCGGAGAGAUAGAGGAGAACGUUUUAAUUUCGUUUUAAACCCGUGGAUAGACCAGGGCGCACGAGGACUGAAUGGUUGAUCCCAGCCCUCCGGCGCUGCACCUCCUCUCUGGUGGGAAUGUCAGCAUGGCAGGUGUUGGUAUCAAAGUAGAACAGGAGGAGUUUUGUGAAGGAGUCAUUACCAUCGUGGAACCCCCGAAAACAUCUCCCUCACGCGAUUGGUCAGGAGGUCAGCCACUGGAGGCCCGCCAACUAACCCCACCGCUGUCCCGCUCCCCUUCGGAGGGCUCGCCAGGUAAGGAGCUGAGUCACAGGCAGAGCCCCAUGGGACUCAAGGAGGUCAGGAAGCAUGAUCGACCAGAAGUGCAAUCCAACUUCAAGGAAGUGAUGCCCACCAUUGAGAAGCUGCUGAAUGCUAACUGGAAGGAGAAGCUUCUGGAUAAAAGCCCAGUGGGGGCAGGACAGCUGAAAGGUACCCCCGAGUCUCUUGCAGAGAAGGAGCUCCAGUUGUUGAUGAUGAUCAACCAGCUGAGUGGUCUGAGGGAGCAGCUGCUGGGGGCGCACUCUGAGCAGAGGAACAUGGCCGCCCUGCUGCUGGAGAAGCAGCAGCAGCAGAUGGAACUGGCUCGACAGCAGCAGGAACAGAUUGCCAAACAACAGCAGCAGCUGAUCCAGCAGCAGCACAAGAUCAACCUGCUCCAGCAGCAGAUCCAGCAGGUGAACAUGCCCUACGUGAUGAUCCCGGCUUUCCACACCAGCAGCCAGUCCCUCCAGGUCACCUCUGACUCCCAGAUGAACCUGCCAUUGCAACCAAUCCCCUGCAAGCCAGCCAUGGACUAUCCUUUGCAGCUGCUACCGAACCCUCACCCCACCCAAGUGAAGAGGAGCAGUUCCUUCCGACAGGAGGCGAGUCAACCAUUGAACCUGACCUCCAAGCCAAAGGGGAUGGAGCAAGGGAAGACGCCCAGUCCACAUAGCCUGGAGCUGGGAUCCCUGGCACUGCAAGGGGCUUACAGACUGAGGGAUCUCCAGAGAGAAGUGUCCCACAGUCCACCCCGAUCUGCCCUCAGUUUCCUUGGAGACGGCGACGUGGUCACCCAGGCCAUCCACGAUGCCCAGUUGCUCCUAAAGAGUAACAGCAGCGGCGGGCGAGAAAGAGAGAGAGACGGCGGGGAAAAGAUGGAUUAUAAAGAGUCUCCUCACAGCGAGAGAAUUUCUCACUCAGCACGGGGUGACGUCAGACAUGGCCGGCCCAGCACAGAGGACCACCUUAGCAGUGACUCUGAGAGUGCUCUGUCCGUUUCUGUCCCAGGCAGCUACGCUGAGACCCGGCCCCCUCCCUCCUCCGUCCACAUUAAGAGACCCAUGAAUGCCUUCAUGGUGUGGGCCAAGGACGAGCGCAGGAGGAUCCUGCAGGCCUUCCCUGACAUGCACAACUCUUCCAUCAGCAAGAUCCUGGGUUCCAGGUGGAAGUCCAUGUCCAACCAAGAGAAGCAGCCGUACUAUGAAGAGCAGGCGAGACUGAGCCGGCAGCACCUGGAGCGCUACCCAGACUACAAGUACAAACCCCGGCCCAAACGGACCUGCAUUGUGGAGGGGCGGAGGCUGAGGGUGGGCGAGUACAAGGCCAUGAUGAAGAGCCGUCGGCAGGAACAGAGAGCGACUUACACGCACAGUCAAACAGAGCCCCAGCAGAUCCACUACUCCCACAGCGAUGGACAAUACGCUGGCAGCACUGGCCCGGUGUCCGUGGCAACCAUGCCUUUUCACCCCGCGUUACUGGAGCAUUACCUGCCACAGGUCCCGCCUGCCCCCCGUCGAGUGGAAGCCCACGUCACGCCCACUUCCCUGCCCAGGGAGAGAGAGAGGGAGCGAAAGAGGGAGCAGCCUCUGUACAGCGAAGGAGAGGAAAGUGAUGGGGGCGAAAGGAGUGAGGGAGAACUGGUGCUCCUGACAGACUGAAGGUGGGAGACCUGAAGAAGAAGAAAAAAGGAAGAUGGAUGGAGGGUCGCUUUGGAGGAAGUAGUGCUCUUUGUUGACAGCCGGAGAGGAUGAAUAGAGAAUGAACCAAGGAAACCUGGGAGGGAUGGCUUGGUUGUCAUUGAGUUAGAAAAGUGCUCCUCUGUAAUGAAAUGUCACACAUAGUCCCUUGUCAAUUAGUAGUCUCCAGCAAAAAUCAGCCCUUCACACACACACACACACACACACACACACACAAAUAGAUAUAUAUAUAUAUAUAUAUAUCUAUAUAUAUAUAAAGGUGACUUUGUAAACCCUUAUCUUAGUUAUUUCCCUUCAUAGGCAUCAUUCAUCUGCAGCUUUGUAUUAGAAUACAGAAUUUGAAGUUUUAAAGUUAUUAAUGUAAUUUUUAUGGUUUAAUCCCUUACACUGCUUUUUCAACUCAAUCAUGUUUACUUGGUUAAAAACAAAAUACCGUAAGGGUUAAGAUUCACCGGAGGAAAGUGUCAAAUGAACCAUAGAAGUUCCACAGAGUCUGUUGAAGGAGCAGCCUAGUAACGUCUAUGGCUGGAGCAGUAGGCCUACAAGUUGGAUGUUUUCAGUGUGUCAGUACUGCCCCCUGCUGGUAACGGUUGGUUACAGCUAAAUGAAGACAAAUCAUAUGAAGACAUACGUCUAUUAAUGUAUACUGUUACAUCCAACCCUGAUAACUCAUGGCUCACAUUGUCUGGGUUUGAAGAGAGUUAUUGAGAAUUCUAAAAACAUCUCAUAGUAGCUAUACUGGUUAAAAAGCAGCGUAAAUGGAAAAAAGUUAGACCUGCACACUUGUACCAAAACACAAAAUACUGUAUAUUUAUAAGGACAGCAUUGCAAUCAAAGUCAGACCUUUGCUCUGCUGAAGGUACACAGUAGACCUAAUGAAGAUGAAUUGCACUCGGAUCAAAAUGUCUUGGAACCAUUUUGUGCUUUGGAGUCAGUGUGCAGACAUUAUUGGAUGUGGGCAAGUUAUAACAUCGAUUGGAUUUUAAAGAAAGACGGGGGAGGGGCAGUUUCAGCCUUCAGUAUUUAACUUGCAAAUUGCAAAGAUUAGGUCAAAAUAACAAAAAGGUAAAAUAUGAACAGGGAGAUGUUAAACCACCAAACAUACUGGAUCCUAUAAUUCCCACAAUGCUACUUGACACUGUCUUUCAUUAGAGAUGGGAAGCAUGUAACUUUCUGUUUUAUCUCUGAGCAUAAAGUGUGUCUCUAAAUCAGUCUCUAAAGAAACAAAAAAACAUGGCAGGUAUCUGGUAAAUUGGUGGUUCAACACAGAAGACAUAGUAAAUUGUCUAGUUCUGGGAUCACUUAGUGCACCUAUUGGUUUACAAUCCAAUAUCAAUGAAAUCAUUUUAAACCCUAGCACCCGCUUUGGCCCGGAUAAUAUGUUACAAAUCGGCCAACUCCUCUUCCUCGCCCUCCCGACAUCACACUGUACAGUUGAGCUGUGCUGCGUUAGGCCGUGCUCUCUUCAUAGCACGGUGGGUCAACCUGAGCCCCACCUGUUUUUUUAUACCUCUGUGUUUGAUUCUUUGAGUGUUUAUUGAUUGUCGUGUUAAGCACCUCUUAUCUUUGUAUUCAAAUGUCUUUUAAAACGCAGCCUACCGCACUACUGCAAGAAAUAUUCAAAUGAAAGAUGUUUUUUUUUCUCUUGAAAAAAGACAUUCAAGAUUUUCUAAGAAUCUUAGUUUUCUUGCUGCUGGUGUUUUGGGCCUCGUUCCAGGGCAUUGACAUUCUGACAUUUUUUUCUCGAAUUUCCGGAAGCUUCACUGGAGUUCGUUUCUGACUUGAAGACUGAAUAUGAAACUAAAUGUUUUUUUGCGGUGACAUAUCAGUCAGUAGGCUAAACAGUUGUCUUCUCAUUUCAUCUUUUACAUCGUUCCACAAAAUACUAACAGAUAAAACAAAUCAUCCCCAAGUCCCUGUUUCCCACUGGAGCGGAAGCUGCUGGUGCAACCCUGCUCUCUUGUGGUGGAUUUAGAAAAAAAAAGUAAAAGGGACACACUUAGUUUUACAGAGACUUGAACCACUGGUCAAAUGAUGAGAACGAGACGCCAACAAUAUCCACAGGGCGCCAUCGGCUGUGUUGCUACAUGACAAAAUUGAACUUGCUGAGUUACAUUAUGAUUUAUUGAAGCACUUAGCAAAGGUCUAUAUGUUCUUAGAAAUUACAGCUAAAAACCACAAUUCCUUCUGUUGAAGCUUAUACAAGUUUUUUUUUGUACAUGUUAGCCGUUUGGUUAGACGUGUUGAUUUGUGUCAUGCUGCAGACUGUGUUUUAAACUUUAAAGAUUCAAGUGAGAGCACCACCUUAAGAGUGGUUGUAUUUUGGAUAACUUCAAAGGAAGCAAGACAGCCUUUGUUCCAACAAGCAUGGUACCUGAUGCUAACGGUUUGCUUUGUGCUAAGUGGCUGUACAUUCCAAAAUAACUCAGCAACGGAGAAAUGCUGAGUAAUCGGAGACAAGCAGUAGCUUAAUUAGCAUUCCGGUGCAGUUUAAACAACAUGUAAGACAAAAAAAGGCUAAGUAGCCUCCCAGAAUCACUUAUCAGCAGCUCAACAUGAGGCCACGUCAAGUAAAUACAACCAUAAUGAAACGUGUUACAACCUCCUCUACAGCAUGAUCACUUUAUAACAUGUUGCUAUUAUGUCGGUGUCUUUGUUCUCAUCACUCAAUAAACAUGUUGACCAGUGGGACAAUAUAACAAAAACUCAACACAAGGUUGACAAAUCAAAAAACGGGGAAAGGGAGAUACCAGACGUCAGCGCUGUCUAGAGUGAAGAUGCUGGAUUACGUGUACAGAGAUAGAUAUCAGAGGAAAAUGUUUAUCUUAUUUUGGUGGAGACACCCUGGGGAGUCUCUGGCCGUUACCCCUGCUGAUGUACAUAUAAAAAGAGACUAUUUUGUUUAUAAGAGCUUGUGUAAUUUAAAGGUGUACAUUUCUCUAUGUUUUCAGAGUUUUGUGUUUUUUUUUCUUGAAAGACAAUAAAUUGGUUGUGUAAAUUG